AUGAACUGCAAAGGCAAGAGACACGGAGAGGCAGCUAUUGCCUUAGCGACGAGACAGCGAUACGAGAUGGAGGCAGAGAAUUCUCAUACGCUGGCCACACAUUUGCAAGAGGAAAAUACAACACAAGCAAAUGUCAAUGAAAAUCUAAUGCUGACUUCUUUAUUUUUUUCAGCUGCAGUGCAUAAGAUUGCCAAAAAAGUAGAUAUGGAUGUAUUUAGCAAAAGGAUGGAGAUCAUGCUUCAGGACAUGUUUGGAGAGGACUGUGUUACUGCAAAAGAUGGCUCUAUUCUAAGUGUCACAGUGGAUGGAAAGACUGCAAAUAUUUCAUUGGACACACGGAUUGCUGAAUGUGAGCCAGGAAAUGAAGAUGAUGAAUCCCUUCGAGAAAUGGUGGAGUUGGCUGCACAGAGACUCUAUGAUGCCCUCAGCCCAGUCCAUUGACCUGACUGACCAGUAUAUAUAUAGGAAACACGAGAACAAUCUUUUUAAUACUUGAUUCAUUUUCACCAUUUUCAUAAAAAAAAUAAAUAAAACUUGCCUUUAACAAGCCAUAUGUACUUAUUUCCUGACCACAAAACUGCUUAGUUAUCAUUACAAAUAACAGAUGGGCAAUCUGUUAUAGCAACUCCAUUUUGUGUAAUGUACAUAAUGAGUGAAUAUAUGUACAUAUGAACCCAUUAAUGGGACAUAUGCACAUAGGGUAAGAAAUUUCUCCUCUUAAUAUGAUGUAAUAGACAACCUAAAAUGAUGAUAAAAAAUAAAUGGGAGGAAUCUUAUAUUUUCAAGGUGUGCCGACUUGUUGUUGGAGGAGUUGAGUUUUCUGCUCCGCUAUAUUAAGAUUUUAUACAUAGUUGUCUUUUUAUUUUUUCUUGCUGUUUUUUAUGGUAAUAGUAUAGUGACUGAUAAACACACCUCUUGCAGUCAUCUGUACUAAAUUAUCACUUAUCCUUAAAAUGAGAAAGUAAGGUGAAGAUCUGAAUAGUAAAUGUUUUCUCAGCUAAUAUGAGAAAUCACAAUAGAUUCCACACAAACCAAGGAUAACUAAGGGCUUGAUUUUCAGAAGUGUUGAGCAUCCACAGCCCCUGUCGAUUUCAGCUGGAGCUGUGUGGUUAACUGGAACUUCUACAAGUCAGGCCUUUAGGCCCCAAUUCAGUAAAGCACUUAAGUACAGUAUAUACUUGAGUCUGAUAGAUGUGUGGGUUAAGUCCAUGCUUAAGUGCUUAGCAGAAUUAGAGCCUAGAAGACUACAUGGUGGAAACAAUGAAACUGACUAUAAGGAAGAGGCUGUCAAAUAUACAAACUAACUAUGAGAGAGAUCAUUUUAGCCUAUCACUAUCCAUUACAGUAGUCUCAGGCCCAGUUCGCUGCAUGUGGGCACACCAGUGUGCCGGCACGGAGCCCCAUUCAAGUCGGUAUAACUGUAGAUGUAGAGUUCUACCUCUGCACAGUGAGUUGUGGGACUGGAGGCCUAAAGUGGGGGAACAAAAUUCCUAUAGAAAUGUGAUUUUUAAGUCUGUAUUUUUAAAUGACACUGAAAAAUGUUCAGGGUAAGUGUGGGGUUCCUAACAGAAGAAUGUAAAGGUAUCUUUGCAUCAUUGAGAAGAAACUUGCCUUUUCAGUAGUAAUAUCAACGAAGAACAUUUAUGCGUUAGUGUCUCUCUCAAAAUGCUUGAUUGUCACCAACUAAUUAUAUAAGG